AUGCCAUGGAAAGUAUUACCAUUUCAAGAUCGAAAACGUUCAGAAGCACUUUGCAAAUAUUUCAAAGUCCAUGGCAGUCCAAACAUAAUUGUUUUGUCGUCAUCUGGUGAAGUGAUUACAUCCGAUGGUUCUCUAGAAUUUGCUAUUAAAUAUGAUCUCGUUCUAUGUCUAUGGCCUCAAGGAAAAUCUCUUUUUUAUUCAUGUCAACUACGACCAGAUGAAUUUCAAUGGAAUCGCGUCCAUUGCGAUCAAUGUUAUAUGCGUCCUUUAGUCGGUAUUCGUUAUGGAUGUAUAAAUCGUCAAUGUCCUUUUAAUUUUUGUAAAAAAUGUACUGAUACAAUCAAACAUGAACAUCCACUGGUUGAAUAUCUUAUUCCAAAACGACAAUACUCAAUGAAUGAAUUCUUUGCAUUUGUACCUUAUUUACUCAGUUCAAAUAAACAAGAACAAAUCAAGACGGAAAUUCUUUGGAAAGGCGAGGCUAAAGCUAUUGGAUUUUACUUUUUGACUUAUCGUUAUUCAUUUAAUUGUAAUUUGACACAGAAAUUAAUCCAAUAUUAUAAAGCCACGCAAUCCACAAUAAAUUCAUUUCCAAUAGUGAUCAUUACAUACGAUAUAGAUCAACAAUUACCUGUUGAAUAUUGGUCAGAUAUUCCAUGGCUCAUAAUUCCAUCCGAUUAUUAUCGUUUAUUCUAUGCAUAUUUCACACCUCACGAAUGUCCGGCAUUGAUUGUCAUGUCGAUCGAUGGAAAAGUAUUGACACAUAUUGGCCAUCAUGAUAUAUUACGGCAAGGUUCAGAAGCUAUUCGAUGUUGGUCUCGUGGUGAAAAAGUAACUGUUUUUACACCGAACGAUUAUGUAUGGCAACAUGUUAGUUGUAAUAUAUGUAAUAUGAUACCACUGAUUGGAAAACGAUAUCAUUGUUCAACAUGUGAAGAUUACGAUCUCUUUUUUGCAUGUCAAUCGAAAGGACACGAACAUUUACUUGAACUAAUGUAG